ACAAAGUACUUUCCACUUCCUACACCAGCAGCUUUGAUAGCAGUGAUGAAACGAGCACAAAGUAGCCUAACCGGCUCAUUUAUUAUAAAACAACCAAGUCAUUUCAACGCUCCUUUUCUUUAAACAGUUUUUUGUUCUUUGUUUGCAGCUCUUUGACGGGGACGCAACACAAUGAGGUGACUGUUGUGCAGUAAACAUGGGUAAGAAAGAAGAAGCCAAUGUGUCGUGCCUGGGCGUCCUCACCCACCACAGAGAGCUGCUGGUGAGCCGGCUGAGGAGCGUCCAAUGCAUCCUGGACAACCUGUUAGCCUCGGGCUUCGUCUGUGAAGAAGAUGUGGAGAUCGUACAGCGCACUGCUACCAAGACGGAGCAGGUGCGCAAAAUCUUGGAGCUGGUGCAAUGCAAAGGAGAGGAGGCCUGUGAAUUCUUUAUUUACAUCAUUUAUAAAGUACGUGAUGCAUACAUAGACCUCCAGCCAUGGCUGCAAGACCUCAACUACUACCCAAGCAAUACCAUUUCACUGAUGACAGUGGUUAACACGGAUCCCAUCAGCAGGUAUUGUGAAAAGUUGAGGCACGAGAUGAGCCGGGACACCAGCUUCAUUAUGUCGUAUGGCCAGAAGGAGGAAACCCGUCUGGAGGACCUGUACACCGACACCAUGGUUGAACUGUUGAACGAAUCCAAUGAAAGUCUGGGCUUCUUGGAGAGUCUGGACCGGCUCCUGGACGACCAGGCCGUCUUCAAUCCCCAAGGUGAAACCAUCUAUGUGAGGGGGGAUGCUGGUGUGGGGAAGUCCAUCCUCCUGCAGAAGCUCCAGAACCUCUGGUCCAAAAAGGAGCUACACACGGACGCCAUUUUCUUCUUUAAGUUCCGCUGCAGGAUGUUCAGCAGCUUCAAGGAGGCGGAACAGAUCUCCCUCAGAGACCUGCUGUUCAAACACAACUGCUACCCAGACCAAGAUCCAGAUAGCGAGGUGUUUGAUUACAUCCUGCGCUUCCCUGAUAAGGUCAUCUUCACGUUCGACGGUUACGACGAGAUCCAGGAGGAUCUAGACCUGAUCAACGUGCUUGAAGUGGUGUCACCGGAAGACAGGGCGCACCCGCUCCAACUGCUCGUCAGCCUGCUCAGCGGGAAGCUGCUCAAGGGUUCCCAGAAAGUGCUGACGGCCCGGACGGGGAUUGAGAUCCAGAGCAAGGUGAUCAGGAAGAAGGUGACCCUGCGCGGGUUCUCCCCUGCUCACCUGAAGAGCUACAUUGACCUGCACUUUAAAGAGCAGGAGAUCCAAGAGCUGGUGAAGGUUCAGCUGGAUGCAAGCCCACACCUCUGCGGCCUGUGCUCCACCCCGCUGUUCUGCUGGAUCGUAUUCAAGAGCUUCAGGCACCUGCACAGCAUGCAUGACCGGUUUCAACUUCCUGAGACGAGCAUCACGCUCACUGACAUCUUCCUCAUGCUGUGUGAGGUAUUCCUCAGCCGCUCGUCCACCGCUGCGCCAUCCCUGCUGAAGAAAAGCACUCGGUGUGCCUCGGACACGCUGAAAGGAGGGCUCAGGCCUCUUGCCGCGUUUGCUAAGCUGGCGCUUCAAGGUAUGGAGAGAGGAAGCUUCAUCUGCAGCCAGGAGGAGAUCUUUGCGUGUGGCCUGGCGGAGGAGGACCUACCACUGGGCUUCCUCAGACCCGUCAGUGAGUGCGACGCCGGCGAGAGCCCGGCCAUGUUUGAGUUUCUCCAUAUCACACUCCAGUCGUUCUUGGCGGCGUUUGCUCUGCUGUUGGAUGAUCAGGACGCUCCGAGCUCCAUCCUGAAGUUCUUCACAGAGUGCAGCAGGAAGAGAGACGCAGCGUGUCUGCCUUUUGGCUUCUGUAUCAGCGGCUCGUCAAAGCCCUGCGAGAAGAAGCCGUUUGCAACCAAUGAGCAUCUACAGUUUACUAACCUGUUUUUGUGUGGCCUGCUCUCGAAGGCUCACACGGGCCUGAUGGAGCAUCUGGUGUCUCCUGUGCUAUUAAAGAAGAAACGAGUCUUACUUAAGUCCUACCUCUCCACCAGUGUGAAGUCCCACCUCAGCGGGCUUUCCCCCUACAACAGCAACGAGGGCAAGAAGGUCCAUGUUUUACCGAACUUCCUGUGGAUACUGAGGUGUAUCUUUGAGACUGGGAGCAAAGACAUCGCUCAGAUGACGGCGAAGGGCAUCACAGCCAACCUCAUCAAGCUGGGUUACUGUAACGUGUUCUCAGGCGACUGCACGGCCAUCAACUUUGUGCUGCAGCACCGCAAAAAGCUCAUGGGGCUGGACAUGGACAACAACAACAUAAGUGACUACGGGGUAAAGCAGCUGACGCCCUCCUUUUCUAAGAUGACAGUAGUGAGGUUGUGUGUCAAUCACCUGUCUGACAGCAGCAUGGAGGUUCUUGCAGAGGAGUUGUGUAAGCACAGAAUUGUUGAGGUCUUGGGGCUUUACAACAAUCACAUCACUGAUGUCGGAGCAAAGCUGGUUGCUCAGAUAAUCGAGGAGUGUCCAAAGCUGCGAGUUCUCAAGAUUGGUAAAAACAGGAUCACUGCUGUCGGUGGGAGGUUUUUGGCCGGGGCGAUACAGAAGAGCACUUCUAUAUUUGAUGUGGGAAUGUGGGGCAACAGCAUCGGAGACGAGGGUGCAGAAGCCUUUGCAGAUGCUUUGAGACACCACCCGAGCCUUACCAACCUCAGCCUCUCAGCCAAUUGCAUCACAUCUGCUGGAGGGAAGAGCCUGGCAGAUGCACUGAAAGAGAACACGGUCCUCAGGAUAUUCUGGUUGGUGCAGAAUGAGAUGACGGAUGAUGCAGCACCACACUUGGCUGAGUUGGUCCAGGCAAACACAGGGUUAAGCCACCUCUGGUUAAUCAACAACCAGUUCACUGUGGACGGGAUCAGACAGCUCUCGGAGGCCCUGACUCUCAACAAAGCACUCAAAGAGAUAUGUGUGAAAGGAAACCAGCUCUCUGAAGAUGAAGAGAAACUGUUUGUGGCAGAGAAAAGGCUUCUCUUCCACUGAGCGGACACUCGUGACGGACGUGUGUGUGUGCUGAGUAAUGUUUUGUGUGGCAGAUAUGAUGCUGUGUGUGUUCACUGCAGGUGAGCACUUUCCGCUUUCAUGGAAAAUACGGAAACAUUCAUCAGAUCGUUCUUUGUGUCUGAAACGAUCUUUCCACGUGUGAAAGUGUGUAUAAGUUUAACAAAUGUCCGACAGCCUUACAUGACUGUUAACAAAAAAAGGAAGUAGACAAAGAGGAAGAAAAGAAACCAAUGACUUCCUUCUUUAUAACCUGUUUUUUUGACUCUGGGUGUUAUGUUUUCUUUUUUAUAAAUUUUGUAAAAAAAAGUUACUUCAUCAUAUUUAAUAUUUGACUGUUACACAAGGUGUGGUUGGUUUUCUACAUAGCUACUGGAAUGUGUUUAAGCAUGUGUUCUGCAGCGACCCUUUGGUUGGGAAAAAUAUUUUUAAUCACCUCCCGACCCGACUCGACCCGACCCCUCACCAUUACACGUCCACACAGAAGUAUGUACAAUACAACACACUACGCACGAGUCCUUUGCUCUUACACUCCAAUAUCUUUAGUACUUAUUUGAAGCAUUGAGUACAAAUGUAGAGGACUGCAACUACUGUGUGUGACAUCAAACUGAAAACACUUCUACAGAGCAACACCUCCCUUCCAGAUUUGUAACAUGCAACCACAUUCAUUGCUUUUAACCAGUUUCCUCAAAAACAGACUCUCUGCAAUAGGGAAUAAAACAUCUCAAUAACAUUUCCAUUGCAGCAUUUACGCGUCUAGCGUCAGUACAAAUACUUUAUUAAGCCCGGGGGGGGGGAAAUUCUGAAAUUCGGUUUUCCAGCUUUGAUUUGUAAAGCAACUGCAGAAAAACUUCUACCGCACAAGUACCAUGUUGCAAUAUGUCCUCGCCCUUACCCAUUUGUUUGUAAGUGCCGUCCCUGUAUCCAAAAGCUGCACCCAACUAACGGCAGGUGUCUUAGUCUGUCUUUUUAAAUUGUAUAUUUCAUAUCCUGAACAGAGUUCAACCUUUAACAUGAGCAGAAAGAGACCAUACUAUUCGGGGAUCUUGAGCUGUUCUGGUCUUGGGUAACAAGGGUAUGGAAAGACCAAAACUUCAUGGCAGGUUGUUAGCCUUCCAGCACAACAACAUUUCUCUCUCUCUCUCUAUUGCUUCACUGAUUCAGUAGAUGGAAUAGACAAAACCUUCCUGCAGUAGGACCCAACCUCUGGCUCUAAAACCUGAGAUAAAGGGGAACUUUGGUAUCUUCAAACUUUGGCCCUAUUCUUUUAAUAUUUUUAAUAUGAGAUUUGGUGUAUAAGAUCACAACUUUCGACAACACACAAGAACACUGAAAUCUUCUCGCUCACUUAACAGCUCAGUGAAAAGGGGUUUCUGAGGUGCUGCAUUGAGGCAAACAAACUGAAAACGCCCUUAGAUAGAGGGGAUUCACAAACUAUCCCUACAUAAACACUGAAGUCCAUCAUUUGUCAUGAGUUACCCUUGUAUAGUUCUGAAUUGUAUUUAUUUCAUGGUGAAUAUUUCAUCUCCUGUUUUGUUUUGUCAUGUUAUUUCCUUGUGUAUAUGAAUCACAUGUUUGCAUUUUUAUAUUCCAAUCUUAAAUCAAGUAAAACAAUAAAAAAUCGAAUCUUUUUAUUAAA